CUUAUCUCUCUCAAAACUCAAAACCUUAUCCUUAAAGCAGCCAUGGCAUCCUCAGCUGCUUCCAUCCAUUUUCUCUCUGUAAACCCUCAAUCUCUUCCUCACUCUAACCUCAACCGCGCGCCCGCUUCGCUGUCUCUCUUCUCCUUCCCCUCUGUCAAGCGCUCUUUAUCCCUUUCUUGUUCCAUCAGAAACUCGCGGGUCGUGAGAAAUGUCGCGUUUUCGGACCAGAUACAGGGAGUUGAUGACUUCGAGGAGGAAACUCCCAGUGGUGGCGCCUCCUACUCCUACUCCAACGAACCGAGUUUCCCUCCUGAACUCAAGCUCUUCGUCGGGAAUUUGCCCUUCAACGUAGAGAGCGCUACUCUUGCUGGGCUGUUUAGCCAAGCUGGAAGUGUUGAAAUGGCUGAGGUUAUAUAUGACAAACAGACUGGAAGAAGCAGAGGGUUUGGGUUUGUGACAAUGUCUACAGUGGAGGAAGUUGAAGCUGCUGCUCAACAGUUCAAUGGAUAUGAACUUGAGGGGAGGCCACUGAGGGUAAAUUCUGGGCCACCGCCACCUAAGAGGGAAACAUCUUCUUUCAGAGAAUCCAGGGGUGGUGGCAGUUACGGGGGCAGUUUUGGCAGCGGCAAUAGACUCCAUGUUGGGAACCUUUCAUGGGGUGUUGAUGAGGACGCUCUUGAAUCUUUGUUCAGUGAGCAUGGAAAGGUGAUGGAAGCCAAAGUGGUGUAUGACCGAGAGAGUGGCAGAUCAAAGGGUUUUGGAUUUGUUACAUACAGUUCUUCUGAGGAGGCCAGCAGUGCUGCUGAGAAUUUGAAUGGAGCUGAACUAAAUGGUAGACAAAUCCGAGUAAGUCCUGCUGAAUCCCGCCCUCCUAGGCGGUUCUGAGAUUGUCAUCUGUCAAUGGUGCCUGAUUUCCUUCUACCAAGAAAAACCCUCGCGAGGUUUUCGAUUUCCUCAACAGUUCUGUUCUGAUGAGACGCGGGUGACAACGAAGCAAGGCUGAUAAGGACCUGGGUUUUGCGGAGAGGUUUUACCCACACACCACUUUGGCUGCAUUUCAACUUACAAAGAGCAAACUAGUCUAUUUAUGUUUUUGAUAUAUGUUCUAGAUAGAAUAUGCCUCUCCAAUGUUACUUGUAAUGUGCAACUUAUGAAGUUAUGGUGGAUUAGACACAUUAAAAUUGUUGUGGAUCAAUUGGUUUUCUUGAAUCUGGUCUGAAGAAUGCUGUAGUAAUAUGUAUUUGCAGUGCAAGAAAAAUGCAUACAUUCUUGAUUCUUGACCCCAUCAA